AUGCCCACAGCCCUGUGCCCCCGAGUCUUGGCUCCGAAGGAAAGUGAGGAGCCCAGGAAAAUGAGGAGCCCACCUGGAGAGAAACCUAGCUCCCAAGGAGAACUCCCCAGUCCAGAGUCCUCCCGACGCCUCUUUCGCCGCUUCCGCUGCCAGGAGGCAGCAGGUCCCCGGGAGGCCCUUCACCGCCUCUGGGACUUGUGCAGGGGCUGGCUGCGACCUGAGAGACACACCAAGGAGCAGAUCUUGGAUCUGCUUGUGCUGGAGCAGUUCCUGGCCAUUCUGCCCCGGGAAAUCCAGAGUUGGGUGCGGGCCCAGGAGCCCGAGAAUGGCGAGCAGGCUGUAGCUGCGGUGGAGACACUGGAACGGGAGCCAGGGAGACCUUGGCAGUGGCUGAAGCACUGUGAAGAUCCUGUGGUGAUCGACGAUGGAGAUGGCCAUCCAGACCAGGAGCAGGAUCAACUGCCCACCGACCCCCAGGGUGAUCUUGCAAAGAGCCAGGAUACCCAGCCCAUAGUCCUGACAGAAGGCACUGGACUCUUGAGCCGACCCUCAGGGCAGCUCAAUGGGGACUCAGAUUCACAAGAUCCUUCCAUUCUUCAGGAAGAGGAUUUGAGAGACAUACAGCAGGUGACUGCCUUCCAGCUGCCUCCGAACCGAGUUUCUUCAUUCAAGGACAUGAUCUUCUGCUUCUCUGAAGAAGACUGGUCUCUUUUAGACCCAGCCCAGACUGGCUUCUAUGGAGAAUUCAUCAUCGGGGAGGAUUGUGGAGUCGCGCUGCCUCCGAGCGACCCAGCUGUCCAGCCAGAUCCCUUCCAAGGGGAGGAGAACGAGCCACGGGUUCCAGAGCUGCAGGACCUCCAAGGGAAAGACGGGCCCCAAGUCUCCUACCUGGAUUUUCAGAGUCUCCAGCCAUUCCAGAUUGAAGAAAGAAGAAGAAAUGAGCCUCAGGUGCCAGAUUUCCAGGCCUGCCAGCAGAUGAUGCUUUCUCAAAACAGUUACCCAGCAGUCGAUGGCGUGCUGACCCCAGAGAAUGGCCUCAACGAGGAAGUGUCCAUCGAGAUCGUCCUGUCCAGCUCAGGGAAGAAGGACUCUCAGAACAGCUCUCACUGCCCAGACGAACCACAGGGCUCUGAGGAGAAGCAGCAUGUCACCCCCAACACCCACAAGAGCAGUUCCGUGGGCUUCCCCGACGUGGAAGGGGCUGUCCAGACCUCCUCCAAGAAGUCCUAUGUGUGCCCUAACUGUGGGAAGAUCUUCCGCUGGAGAGUGAACUUUAUCAGGCACCUGCGGAGCCGCAAGGAGCAGGAGCAGCCUCACGCGUGCUCCGUGUGCGGGGAAGUAUUCAGCGACAGCGAGGACCUGGACGGGCACCUGGAGAUGCACGAGACCCAGAAGCCUUACACAUGCAGUGCCUGCGGGAAGAGCUUCCGCCUCAACUCCCACCUGCUCUCCCACAUGCGGAUCCACCUGCAGCCAGACACCCCCGAGCCCCCAGAAAACAAAGAGCCAGGGCCGUCAGAGCACAAGAGCGGCAGCAGGGCUGCCUCCCUGCUGGAGAAGAGCAAGGGCAAGUUCAGCUUCAAGUGCUGUGACUGUGGAAAAGCCUUCCAGCGGCAUGACCAGUUGGUCCGGCACAGGAACAGCAGCCACACCAAGGACAAGACGAGCGCUUUCCAGUGCCGGUACUGUGUCAAACGUUUCCUGCAGAACUGUGACCUCAUCCGCCAUGAGCGGCUGCACAUGAAGCGACGCUCUAAGCAGGCUUUGAACUCCUACUGA